AUGUCAGAUCAAAGAAUAUUUGCCCGUUAUAAGGCUACUGAGAUUAGAGCAGAAUUACAAAAUUUUGAUGCUAAAAGAUCUAAAGUCAGUGCUACUAAGAGGAAAGUCGCCUUGAGGAAGAUAAUUGCCAAUUUAAAGAUGGGUAACUAUAAUGAAAUGGUCUUAUUAUAUCCUGAAAUGUUAAAAUUUUGGCAAGUAGAGGAUGAUCUUGAGGUCAAGAGAAUCUGUCAUGAAUAUGUGAGAACUCUUGGAGCAGCUAAACCCCAGAGCGCCAAGGAAGCCCUAGGCGCAGUAUUGGGCGACUUGGAGAAUAAGAAUGAAGAGGUUCAAAUUAUGAGCUUGAGAACAUUAUCUGCCGUUACUUCAUUAGAGUAUAUCAACGAAGCUUUCAAAGCUGUCGGCUAUGUACUAGCUCGUCGUGGUGUACCGCAAAAUCUUCUCAAGACCGCUAUUUUAUUAUUAAAGUAUAUGGAUGAUUUGGAUCAUGAUAGAGUGUCUAGUACGCUUGAUUCUCUUUAUGACAUUUUCGAACGUCAAUUAGCAAGUCCCACUGUGCAAGUUGCGGCUCUGCAUACUAUUUAUGCCAUACACGAAAAAAACACAGAUUUAAAGCCAUUGAGAUUAGAACUAGAUGUUGCUAUGGGGUUGCUAGAUUUAUUACCUCAAUUGAACGAAUGGGAUAAAGCCAUGGUAUUAGAAUCACUUACCACUUCGGCGGUACCGCAGACACAUUCAGAUGUUUGUGCAAUGAUUGAAUUAGUCCUACCUCAAUUACAACAUGCCAAUACCUAUGUGGCAUUGAAUGCCUUCAAAUUCAUCGCAUACCUUCUUAACUAUGCUGAGCAUGUGAAUGAAGGUCUAAUCAAAAGAUUUUCCAAUUCGAUCGUAUCUCUCCUAAACAAACCACCGGAGUUGGAGUUUUUAGUGCUAAGAAAUAUCAUUUUACUUUUGUUAAGCAGGGGUGCAUCAUUGUUGAAAUUGGAUGUUUCAUUUUUUUUUAUCGAAUACAAUGACCCAAUUUACAUCAAGGAUACAAAGCUUGAAUGUUUGUAUCUUUCAGCGGAUCAUGAAACCUUACCGCGAAUUCUAGAAGAAUUGGUUCAAUAUGCAACCGAUAUUGAUAUCCAGAUGUCACGUAAAGCUAUCAGAGCCAUUGGGAACCUAGCAGUUAAACUGAACGAAGAAGCCGCUCAUGAUUGUGUGGAUGCCCUUUUAGAUUUAUUAGAAUUCGGGGUUGAUUAUGUGGUUCAAGAGAUUAUUUCAGUGUUUAGAAACAUUUUGAGAAAACAUCCAAAGAGGUUCGAAUCCAUUAUUGGUGAAUUGGUUAAACAUACCGAAUCUGUUCAAGAGCCAGAGGCUAAAAAUGCAAUGAUUUGGAUCAUCACGAAUUAUUCAUACGCUUUACCCAACUAUCUAGAGUUCUUCCAAGUAUUUUCGUCUAACCUACUGGAAGAAACUUCAGACGUACAGUUUUCCAUUCUAACUUCUAGUGUCAAAUUCUUCAUCAGAAAUCCCAAUUACCAAACUGAAAAAAUAUGCAUUAAAGCCCUAAAGCAGUGUACAGAAGAGAUUAACAAUCCUGAUUUGAGGGAUAGGGCAUUCAUGUACUGGAGAUUACUUUCACUGGCUCAGUCCCCAAAGAGUCAUCUUCUGUCCAACGAUUCUAUGACGAAAUUGAUUGAUGGUGAACUACCGGCAAUCCAAUUGAGCACCAAGCUAGAUCCAGUGAUCUUAGAGGAAUUGGAAUUGAAUAUUGGGACCAUCGCUUCGAUCUAUUUAAAGCCAGUAUCACAAGUUUUCAGAAAUACCAGAACUAAACGACUAUUACCUAGUCCCAUCUUAAACCCUAAUAAGGAGAAUCUAAAAGUUAUCAAUGACGGUUCAACCAACUUAAAUUCUGGUGCAUUCGAAAGGGUCCCAGAAUGGGAGACCAUUGGCCAGAGUGAUGAUGUCUCCGUAGCAUCUCCUAGAAGGACAAAAACAAUGAUGAAUGAUUACGAUAAGCCAGCCGAAAAAGUUAACCAACUCAAAGGAAAGAGAAAAUCGAGUUCCGCAGGUCCUUCCACUUUAAGCAGGAAACCUUCUAUGCUAGUAAGGAAAUUGUCGAUGAAAAAACCAUUUUAA